AUGGUUUUGUCGGCGGAAAGCGGCAGUCUUGAUGUCCUGCCACCGGUUCUGGGUCACGGCCUAAAGGCCGUGGUCGUACUGUCUUCGCUCUCUCUGAUUUCGUCCUUGUUUCUGUUUACACAUCUUACCUUUAAGCUCGUUCGAUACUGCAUCAAGAAGAGGAGGACCGAGGCUCAGUCUCAGGCCCCACAGGGAAGCCGAGACAACAAAUUCAGACCGUUCUCCCUCAACUUGGAGUCGGUACUGGAACAAGGGAACCUGGGACCGACUCCGAUACAUUGUGCCCGAAAGUCCACCCCAACUACCGAGCCGGAACAUUGUCCCCCGCCGAAUCAGUUCGUCGUGCUCUUCCACAGCCUUCUACUGGCAGAUUUCCAUCAGGCCAUCGCAUUCUUUCUCAAUAUAGUUUGGGUGGCAAGGGACGGUAUCUCGGUGGAGUCGCCGGCCUGUUGGGCCCAAGGACUGUUCAUAUCGAACGGUGACCUCGCGUCCAGCUGCUUCAUAUUUACAAUCGCUUUACACACAUACCUGUCGAUUGUACGGGAGUACCGACCGCCACAGUGGGCCUUGUAUGCCUGGGUGGCAGGGACCUGGAUCUUCAUCUACGGAAUCGGUCUCGCAGGUGUUGUCUUCACCAACAACGGAAGGAAUGGUGGGGGUUACUUUGUUCGUGCUUCAGCCUGGUGUUGGAUCAACGAUGAGUACGAGGAGCUCCGCCUUGUCACACAUUACCUGUACAUCUUCUUAGCCAUCGUCUUCACCUCCUUGCUGUACCUCGCAAUUUUCUUGAAUCUUCGAUCACGCCUGAGCCAUUCGCAUGGCGGAGCUUUGCCCGACAACAAAAUCAAACGGCCAGCGCUCAGACACAAGGCCUCGCUGUUGAGCGUCAUGUCAGCGUCCUCCACGUCGUCGUCUUCGCCACUGAGGUCCCCGCCAGACACACAGCCCAAGCUCAACGCAGACCAGCAUCCAGCGUUUCUUGUAUAUCCCCUCAUCUAUGCGCUGUGCACCAUGCCCCUGGCUGUUGGCCGCAUUGCUGCCAUGGCUGGGAUUCAAGUAUCCCUGGAGUUCUUCUGCGUGGCGGGGGCUCUCAUUGUGAGCAACGGCUGGCUCGAUGUCCUCAUCUGGGGAACAACACGGCACACGAUCGUAUUUGGGCGCCUUGAGGAUGCAGAUGCACUCGGACUAGACACGUUCAGCUUCAUGCGGACGCCGUCAGACCGCAGGUUUGGAAACUUUGUGUGGGUCCAGGGCGCCAGCGACAGCCAGGGCGGUGGCUCCGAAAACGAGCCCACACGGAGAAGCCGUCGAUGGUGGACGCCAGUGGGCGAAACUCUCGGGAGGGGUGGGUCUGGGGUCGUCGGGAACAGAUCACGGAGUGAUCCUCGUGAAAUGUGGGAAGAUCGAGACUCAGGGUCCGGCAUCACCGCGGCCGACAUGGGCAUGACGAUCCAGAUGGACACGAUGGUGACGGUGAUCAAAGAGGACAGCUCCAUCAUCAGCUCCAGCUCCAGCCGCAGCCCCAGCUCGGUCACGAGGUCCAGCGGCGCUGGCGAGAUGGGGCGCUACACUCGGUGA